AUGGCUCGUUUGGUGUUGCAAAGUGUAAUUUUCAGUGAUGCCUGUAGAAAGGAUUUGCGAGAAACGCGUAAUUUGCGUAGGAUUGCUCGGUACGCCGAUAAAGCACUUGCUAUGAGUGAUGACGAAUUUAAGCGAAAUGAUCGUGUCACCAAGGCAUUGUUCCAUAAUUUAUAUCAAGAGCUAAAACCCUUGAUGCAAGCUCCUAAAAGAAGAAGUGAUAUCAGUACAAAAUACAAGAUACUAAUAGCACUUUCAUUCUAUGCAACUGGCAGCUACCAACGCCUAGUAGGAUGUUCACUAGGUACUCCCAUGUCGCAGCAAUCAGUAUCUCGGGCAUUGAAGGAUGUGACAGCAGCAUUGAAUCACCCGACAAUCCUGCAUAAAUACAUAAAAUUUCCUCAAACUGUUCCAGAACGCAAUGUUAUUAAAAGAAGGUUUUAUGAAAAAUUUCGCAUUCCUGGAGUAAUAGGAUGCAUAGAUGGAACCCAUGUGGCAAUAGUACGUCCUGCUGAAAAUGAAGAAAGAUAUUUUAACAGAAAACAUUUCCAUUUAAGAAAUGUAUUAAUAUUCUUGGAGAAAGAAGAAAAAGUAGCGUUCAAAUUAUCGCCUAAAGAUGGCCCAAAAUCGUCAGCACUGAGGAGGCUGUCCGAGGAAGAGGAAAGAGAAAAAUAA